CUUCUACUAGAGCAGCUGAGCUGAGCUGAGAGUGACAGCAGCGGAGCGGCAAUGGCGCAGAUGCUCCUCCUCCUCCUCCUGCCGCCGCCUUUCCUCCUCCUUGCCGCACCCACAGUGCCAGCGGAGGCAGCAGCCACCGCCUCCACUCCGACGCUCGUGUUCCUCCUGGCCGGGCAGUCCAACAUGGGCGGCCGCGGCGGCGCCACCAACGGCACCUGGGACGGCGUGGUGCCGCCCGCGUGCGCGCCUUCCCCGCGCAUCCUCCGCCUCUCCCCGUCCCUGCGCUGGGAGGAGGCCCGGGAGCCGCUGCACGCCGGCAUUGACCUGCACAACGUGCUCGGCGUGGGCCCCGGGAUGCCCUUCGCGCACGCGCUCCUCCGCUCCUGGCGCCGCUCCGGCCGCCGCCCCGCCGUCGUGGGGCUGAUCCCCUGCGCGCAGGGCGCCACGCCCAUCGCCAGCUGGUCCCGCGGCACGCCGCUGUACGACCGCAUGCUCGCGCGCGCAAGGGCCGCCGUCGCCCGCGGGCCCGCCACCAGGCUGGCCGCGCUGCUCUGGUACCAGGGCGAGGCCGACACCAUCAGGCGCCAGGACGCCGACGCCUACACGCCCCGCAUGGAGGCCUUGGUCCGCGACGUCCGCCGGGACCUGGGCAUGCCGGACCUGCUGGUCAUCCAGGUGGGGCUGGCCACGGGGCAGGGCAGGUUUGUGGACAUCGUCAGGGAGGCGCAGAGGAGGGUCAGCCUCCGCAACGUCAGGUACGUGGACGCCAAGGGCCUGCCCGUCGCCAACGACUACACGCAUCUGACCACGCCGGCGCAGGUCAAGCUCGGCAACAUGCUCGCCGCCGCCUACAUGGCAGCGACACACACGCACUGACUGAGCCAUCUACUACCUCGAUUCUUAAUCAAUUCUACUUGACUACUCAGUAAUUGAGCCAGCAAGCAGCAAGCAACGCUACGCCGUUCUACUUUAAUUUUGUUCUGCACAUGUCCUUACUAUGCAUAACAUCCUUUGCUUUGACGAUGAUGAUUUAGCAUCCUUUGAUGAUGGUACUCAAAUAGAAUAUUCUUCUUUUUACAG